AUAGAGAGAGAGAGAGAGAGAAUAUCAAAGAGGAAUAGAAUUAUUAUUUUAUCAAUGAUGCGACUUCAAAAAAUAUACCAUCGCCUCACUCUUGUUCCUUUUUCGCCAUUAUCGCUUCCUUCAAAUUGUUCUCUUCUUCCUCUUGCUUCUUCACUGCGCCUCACACCUCAUAACAGAAUCGCUCCUAACUUCUCUUCCAUGGCUACCUCGCGAUUGCGCAAUUUAGCACCUCUCGGUGCUAUCCCUGCUGAAGACGGCGCUGGCGGUGCCUCCAAUGGCUCCACUUCUUCCUCUGCUACCGCCGCUACUUCCCUUGAUUACGAAGAUGAGUCAACUUCAGGAGUAAAGUAUCGAGAUCCUCCACCUGAUAUCAAGGACAUUGUUGAUGCUCCACCAGUUCCUGCAUUGUCAUUUUCACCACGUAGGGACAAGAUUAUUUUUCUAAAGCGAAGAGCUUUACCUCCACUAGCAGAUUUAGCAAGGCCAGAGGAAAAGUUGGCUGGUAUACGUAUUGAUGGAAACUGCAAUUCUAGGAGUCGUAUGUCAUUCUACACCGGUGUAGGGAUCCAUCAAAUUCUUCCUGAUGGUACGUUGGGCCCGGAGACGGAGGUGCAUGGUUUCCCUGAUGGUGCGAAGAUAAAUUUUGUAAGUUGGUCUCCUGAUGGUUGGCAUUUAUCCUUUAGCAUUCGUGUGAAUGAGGAGAACAGUGAUAGUAGUAAAUUCAGAGUAUGGAUUGCGGAUGUGGAAACAGGGAAAGCUAGACCUUUAUUUCAGUCACCUAAUGUACAUUUGAAUGCAGUUUUUGAUAAUUAUGUUUGGGUAGGUAACUCUUCGUUGUUAGUUUCCACCAUUCCAUCAUCCCGUGGAGCUCCACCAAAGAAACCUUUGGUUCCCGGUGGUCCAAAAGUUCAGUCUAAUGAGGAGAAAAACAUUAUUCAAGUAAGAACAUUUCAGGAUUUGCUGAAGGAUGAAUAUGAUGAAGAUUUGUUUGACUACUAUGCAACCUCGCAGCUUGUUUUAGCUUCUUUGGAUGGUACUACAAAGGAUAUUGGCCCACCAGCUGUUUAUACUUCUAUGGACCCUUCCCCAGAUCAUAAGUACAUUUUGAUUAGUUCAAUUCACAGGCCAUACUCUUUUAUUGUACCUUGUGGAAGAUUUCCAAAGAAGGUAGAGUUGUGGAGUGCUGAUGGAAAAGUAGUCAGGGAGCUUUGUGACUUGCCCCUUGCUGAGGACAUUCCAAUUGCAUUCAAUAGUGUUCGAAAAGGGAUGCGUUCCAUUAAUUGGAGAGCGGACAAGCCAUCAUCACUUUACUGGGUGGAAACUCAAGAUGGAGGUGAUGCAAAGGUGGAAAUUUCUCCUCGUGAUAUAGUUUAUGCACAGCCUGCUGAACCACUAGAAGGUGAACAGCCAGUGAUAUUACACAAGCUCGAUCUCCGCUAUGGAGGUAUUUCUUGGUGUGAUGAUUCACUGGCUUUGGUAUAUGAAUCUUGGUAUAAAACACGCCGAAUAAGAACAUGGGUAAUCUCUCCUAGAUCUCAAGAUGUGACCCCACACAUCCUAUUUGAUCGAUCUUCAGAAGAUGUGUACUCUGAUCCUGGUUCUCCCAUGAUGCGGAGAACUCAAGCUGGGACGUAUAUUAUUGCCAAGAUAAAGAAGGACAGUGAUGAAAGAAGAUACAUUAUACUGAAUGGAAAUGGUGCUACACCAGAAGGGAAUGUCCCAUUCCUUGAUCUGUUUGACAUUAAUACAGGUAAUAAGGAACGAAUCUGGGAGAGCAAUAAGGAAAAGUAUUAUGAAACUGUCGUUGCUCUAAUGUCUGAUCAGGAAGAAGGGGAUUUGGAUUUAGAUAAGCUGAAAAUACUGACUUCAAAAGAGUCAAAAACUGAAAACACUCAAUAUUACUUUGUCAGCUGGCCAGAUAAAAAAUUAGUUCAGAUUACAAAUUUCCCUCAUCCAUACCCUCAGCUUACAUCAUUGCAGAAAGAGAUGGUCAGGUAUCAAAGAAAAGAUGGGGUUCAACUUACUGCUACGUUAUACCUGCCACCAGACUAUGAUCCAUCAAGAGAUGGCCCUUUGCCAUGUCUGGUUUGGUCUUAUCCAGGAGAAUUUAAGAGCAAGGAUGCUGCUGGACAAGUUCGUGGUUCUCCAAAUGAAUUUGCUGGCAUAGGUCCCACAUCAGCCCUUCUUUGGCUGGCUAGAAGGUUUGCAAUUCUAUCUGGGCCUACCAUUCCUAUUAUCGGUGAGGGUGAUGAGGAGGCAAAUGAUAGGUAUGUAGAGCAAUUAGUUGCAAGUGCAGAGGCUGCAGUGGAGGAAGUUAUCCGGCGUGGGGUAGCUCAUCCAAAGAAAAUAGCUGUUGGUGGACAUUCCUAUGGUGCUUUCAUGACUGCCAACCUCCUAGCACAUGCACCUCAUCUUUUCUGUUGUGGAGUUGCUCGUUCCGGCGCUUACAACAGAACGCUUACUCCUUUUGGUUUUCAGAAUGAAGACAGAACUCUUUGGGAGGCCACUAAUACUUAUGUGGAGAUGAGUCCUUUCAUGUCGGCUAAUAAAAUUAAGAAGCCUAUCUUGCUUAUCCAUGGGGAAGAGGAUAACAACUCAGGAACUUUAACCAUGCAGUCAGACAGGUUUUUCAACGCUCUGAAGGGUCACGGUGCUCUUUGUCGGCUGGUGAUUCUGCCUUAUGAGAGCCAUGGUUAUACUGCCAGAGAAAGCAUCAUGCAUGUCCUUUGGGAAACAGAUAGAUGGCUGCAUAAAUACUGUGUGUCAAACAGUUCUGAUGCAAGCGAAGAUCAUGAUACUGGCAGAGUCAAAGAAAAUGUUAGCAAAGGAACUACAGACGCUGAAAGCAAAGUGGUUGUUACCAGUGGAGGUGGCAGCAGAGAGUUGUCUGAUCUUGAGCAUGAAGAAUUUAAUUCUCUGCCAAGGUCAUCCUUGUGGUAACCUCUUCAGCCUUUAAAUUUUAAAUCCAAAUUACCUCUUCAUUCUCUCUACCUAGUGAAGAGUGUUGCACGAGCAUGCCUGUUGCUAUUUUUAUUCAAGUAAUUUUGACAUUUCGAAGUGGAUCCCUUAGCAACCAAAGAAUUUAAACAACAAUAGCAAAACAUAUGAAUGAUACUUACUGCUUAUUCUCUCCAUAUAUAUAUAUUUAACUUGAGCUGUUAAUGAUGUAGAAGAAUUCUCUGAUCCUUGACUGCCAUGGACUAGAAUUGAAUCAUCCAAAUGAUGCAUGUGGAACACACAGCGGCAAGAUGCCCUUCACUUGUAGAAUAGAACACGAUCAAAUUGACAGGAAUUAUUUACAUUGCAAGUACGGUAUAUUAAAUGCACUCCAUGAUGUCAUGUUUUAACAAAGCUUCUAUAGUAAUAAUAGCAUUGCUGGUGCGGUGCCAAGUUGCUAAAUCAUAUCUUCAUGGGUUUACCGGGAUUUUUCAUCAUCUGUUGCACGUGUUUUCAGAAGGGUUCUUAGCGGCUGGCUUGGCCGAAAAAUUGACUAAGCAAUUUAAAAAUUCUUGAGGAAUAACCGAACUACUACUUGUUCUUCCUGUGCAGGGUAGGCUUGCUUCCGAUCUUGCCUACCUAGAUGUGGAUUUGUAAUUUUUUUGGUUAAAUCUGUGAUUGUAUUUUAACGGCAGAUCAACGUAUGAUGUCUGUCUACGUAAAACCUACAUAUUUUUGUGGAAAAGUCUGAGAAAUUCAACAUUUUU